CUGAACAAGUAGAAGCCAUGCUGGAAACAAUAGAUACCAAUAGGGCUCUCCAGGCAGUGGAACGCCUACAAGCAAAAUUGCGGGAACGAGGUGAUACAGCAAAUGAGGAAAAAUUGGGUUUACUGAAAUCAGUGCUGAAAAGUCCUUUAUUCAAUCAGAUCCUGAACCUUCAGGCUUCACUUCCACAGCCAAGAGAUCAGGUAAACAUGGCACCUUUGGUACCCUCGUCUGGUGAACUCCUGCAGCUUCCCCAUCAAAGUACUGUUGUGGGUUCUUCACUCCAUAAUGAUUCCUACCUGUCAGCUCAGCAAAAUGGCAACCUUUCUAGUGGGCCAGGAGUAGCUGCACGGUCCACCACUCCUCAGAUUAAUGGGAAGUCCUCUGGUGAUGAAUUUGAAUUAUUGGUCAGAAAUAUGGCGCAGGGACGACUUGUUGAGACUAUAGAGCUUGUGAAACCUCCAAGUGGUGGACUAGGCUUCAGUGUUGUUGGCCUGAAGAGUGAAUACAGAGGUGAACUGGGCAUAUUUGUGCAGGAGAUUCAAGAGGGGAGUGUAGCGCACAGAGAUGGAAGGCUGCAGGAAGCAGAUCAAAUUCUUGCUAUAAACAGGCAAGCCCUCGAUCAAACAAUUACACAUCAACAGGCUAUCGGCAUCCUACAGAAAGCAAAAGAUAGUGUCCAGCUGGUUGUGGCUAGGGGCUCUUUGCCUCAGCUCAUCAGUCCUGUUGUUUCUCGGUCUCCGUCAGCUGCUAGCACAAUCUCAGCCCACUCCAAUCCGGUUCAUUGGCAGCAUGUAGAGACCAUUGAGUUGGUGAAUGAUGGAUCAGGUCUGGGAUUUGGGAUAGUUGGUGGAAAAUCAACUGGAGUGAUAGUCAAAACCAUCCUUCCAGGAGGAAUAGCUGAUCAGCAUGGUAGGCUGCGCAGUGGAGACCACAUCUUGAAAAUCGGUGAUACAGACCUGGCUGGAAUGGGCAGUGAGCAGGUGGCACAAGUCCUGAGGCAGUGCGGGAACAGAGUGAAGCUGGUUAUAGCCAGAGGUCCAGUAGAGGAGCCAGUACCACCAGCAGUCCCUCCAGGCACCCCAGUACAAACGUGCAUACCAGAUAACCAGAGAGAAGAGGAGACACAAGUUGGAAAUGACACAGAUGGAACCACAUUUGAUGUGGAGCUUACAAAAAACAUCCAAGGAUUAGGGAUAACUAUUGCUGGCUACAUUGGAGACAAAAUUUCAGAACCUUCUGGCAUUUUUGUAAAGAGUAUCACAAAAGGCAGUGCAGUUGAACAUGAUGGUAGAAUCCACGUUGGAGAUCAAAUUAUAGCGGUGGAUGGAACAAAUCUUCAGGGUUUUACUAACCAGCAAGCUGUGGAAGUUCUGCGGCACACUGGCCAAACAGUUCGACUCACAUUGAUUAGAAGAGGCCUUAAGCAGGAAAAUCACAUUCAGCCCCAUGAGGACUUCAGUGCUGCUGCUGAAAAGGAUUUAAUUUUCCAAACUAUGGAUAUUGGCACAGGGAAAGAAAUCUAUGAAAGAGAGCAAGAAGCUCCAUUACUGACAUGCAAUACCAGUGUGGUUCACAUUGGAGAAGAUGUUAGUCCACAGCAAUCAGGUUUUCAACUAUUGUCCACAGAAGAAGGAGAAGAGGCAUUGCUGAACAAGUGGCAGAGGAUUGUGGGGACAAAUUAUGAGGUUGUGGUAGCUCACGUGAACAAGUUUAGUGAAAGCAGUGGACUGGGGAUAAGCUUAGAAGCAACAGUGGGACAUCAUUUUAUCCGAUCUGUUUUGCCAGAAGGACCAGUUGGACGAUGCGGCAAGCUGUUUAGCGGAGAUGAAUUACUGGAAGUAAAUGGAAUAUCUUUGCUUGGAGAAAAUCACAAGAAUGUUGUAAAUAUUUUAAAAGAACUUCCCAUCAAGGUAGUAAUGGUGUGUUGCCGUGCAGCUGCUCCACCUAUUAGUCAGUCCAUAUUGGAUGAAUCACAGAUGACAGAGCAGUCUCAUAUAGAUCUUGGUGGACUACUUGGUUCUUCAGAGACAGAUGAUGCUGAUUUGGAAAUGGCUAACAUAGGACAGAACACUGAUGAUGUUCAGGGAUCUUCUUUGGCAAUGUGGGAAACAGAAAUACAGCAAAUUGAGCUAGAAAAAGGGAGCAUGGGACUUGGCUUUAGCAUAUUGGAUUACCAGGACCCAGUGGACCCUGCCAACACAGUGAUUGUGAUCCGCUCCCUUGUCCCUGGGGGAGUUGCUGAACAGGAUGGCCGGCUCCUUCCAGGAGACAGGCUCAUGUUUGUCAAUGACAUCAACUUGGAAAACGGCAGCCUGGAGGAAGCUGUGCAAGCACUGAAAGGAGCACCCAUGGGGACAGUUAGAAUAGGAGUCGCUAAGCCACUGCCCCUUUCACCAGAAGAGGGCUAUGUUUCUGCUAAGGAAGAUUCCUUUUUCUGCACUGCCCAGUCCUUUGAGGAGGAAGGGCCAGCUGAUUCAGCCCUCUUCCAUGCUGAGCUGGCUCUGGUGGAUUCAAGCGAAGCAGAUCUAGCAGAGGAAUCCACUUUUGAAUCACAGUAUUCCCCGGACAAUGGUGGUACCUUCCAGUCGUCAGUUUCAACUCUGCAUGGCAACAGUUGUGCCAAUGACCUGAACUAUAACCUCUCACUACUCUCUUCAACUCCCAAGAGUGUUGGUAUAGACUCUUCAGAUGCUUCAAUCACUUACCGAUUAUCUGACCCAAACCUGUACAACAUGGAUGUAAUGCAGAGUGGGAGAGAGAGCGAAUCCUCCACAGAAGUAUGUGUGGAACAGCCUGAUGGGUUUAUCAGAAAAGAUCCAACAAUACAUGCAUCUAAGAAACUAGCUGAACAUGAACAUAAAAGCACUUGGGGAGAGCCUCUCCUAACUACUGAAGUCACACAGAAUGCAAAUGUAACUUCCAGGUUGCCUCUUGAUUAUACUGGAAAAGAUCGAGUAUUUUUGAUGGAAAAUAGUAGCCUAACACCUGGUGGAAGGUGUUCCACAAGUACAAGCAAAAACAAAUUUGAAAAGACUAUUACUAUUGCAAAAGGCAAUUCAAGUCUAGGGAUGACUGUAAGUUCCAAUAAAGAUGGCUCUGGAAUGAUAGUUCGCAGCAUUAUCCAUGGUGGUUCUAUAAGUCGUGAUGGACGGAUUGGUGUAGGAGACUGUAUACUGUCUAUCAAUGAAGAGCCUACCACUAAUUUAACUAAUGCACAAGCACGAGCCAUGCUGAGAAGACAUUCUCUCAUUGGACCAGAUAUAAAAUCUUCUCCAACACCUGCUGAUGAUCAGGCCCCCUUUUAUGUCAUUACAUAUGUUCCAGCAGAGCAAUUGGAAGAGUACCAGGCCAGCUUAGGGCAGCAGUCAGAAGGAGCGUUGCAACUAGAUAUUUUUUCUUCUCAUGCUGUCAGAGAAAUCCCAGAACUACCAGAACGUGAAGAAGGAGAAGGAGAAGAAAGUGAACUUCAGAAUGCUGGCUACAGUAAUUGGAGCCAGCCAAGGCGGGUUGAACUCUGGAGAGAACCCAGUAAGUCCCUGGGCAUCAGCAUUGUUGGUGGACGGGGAAUGGGAAGCCGUCUGAGCAGUGGUGAAGUUAUGAGAGGAAUCUUUAUCAAACAUAUUCUUGAAGACAGCCCUGCUGGCAAAAACGGAACCUUAAAAACAGGAGACAGAAUAGUGGAGGUGGACGGGAUUAACCUCAGAGAUGCAAGCCAUGAACAAGCUGUGGAAGCCAUACGGAGAGCAGGCAACCCAGUAAUCUUUCUGGUACAAAGCAUUAUAAACAGACCAAGGCCAGAAUCUCUCUAUAGCUCUUUAUCGUCCUCUGCUCACAGUGGGCAGAAACCUAAUAAUCCAUUUUACCAUCAGCCAUCCCAGAACCUCUCUAUGCCUUACCGGCAGCACAACCCUUUCAGUAAGCUUCCUGUCUACAGCAGCACUAACCCUUUUGUUGAUCCUCUACAGUUCAACACUAACAAGGAUAUGCAGAGUACAGUUAGAUUUACCUUCAGUUGCUCCCCAUGUAACCCCUUUGCUCCUACACCAUUUAAGGCAUCCAGUCAGUCAGAUUCAGAGCCAGAAAAGACUUCAUCUUGUAUCUUGCCAUUACCUCCUCCUUCAGCAUUUCCAGGAAUGAGUGUUGAAGAUGUACAGCAGUCCUGCAGCAAAAACCUGGAAGAUUUGGAAGAUGAGUUUGGAUACAGCUGGAAAAAGAUCACUGAGCGUUAUGGGAACCUGCCGGGAGAUCUGCAUGUGAUAGAGUUGGAAAAGGGGAGGACUGGCUUAGGACUCAGCCUGGCUGGGAACAAAGACCGAUCCAAGAUGAGUGUUUUUGUAGUGGGAAUCGAUCCAAAUGGAGCAGCUGGAAAAGAUGGGAGGCUGCAGAUUGCAGAUGAGUUACUGGAAAUAAAUGGACAAGUUCUCUAUGGAAGGACUCACCAGAAUGCAUCCUCAAUAAUUAAAUGUGCAUCUUCUAAAGUAAAAAUCAUAUUUGUCAGAAACAAAGAUGCUGUCAAUCAGAUGGCAGUUUGUCCUGGAAAAUCAGCAGAGACUUCUUGUGGAACACCUCAACAUGAAGAGGAUGAAGUGAAUAUUCUGUGUUCUAGUUUACCUAUAGAUUUGAGUCCAUAUACAAAUAUUCAGGAUAUUGAAUUACCUAAGGAUCAAGGCAUAGGUAUAGCCAUCAGUGAAGAAGACACAGUAAAUGGUGUGGUUGUCAAAAGUUUAACAGAGCAUGGUGCAGCAGGAAAGGAUGGCCGAAUUAAGAUUGGAGAUCAGAUCCUGGCAGUGGAUGAUGAAGUUGUUGUGGGAUAUCCUAUAGAAAAGUUUAUCAGUUUACUGAAGACACCAAAACCUUCUGUGAAACUUACGGUCAAUUCAAUUGAACGGGAGAGCCAGCCAGCUGCCCAGCCACAGACACCGAUUUACCACUCUGAUUUGGGGGAGAGAUUUAUCCAACAACCAGCAAGUGCUCCAACUUCAGAGUCACCAGAACCAGAAUCAGUUAAAAAUACAAGCAGGUCCUCAACUCCAGCCACAUUGGCCUCUGACCCAGCUACUUGCCCAAUUAUCCCAGGUUGUGAAACUACAAUUGAUAUCUCCAAGGGACGUACAGGACUUGGCUUGAGCAUCGUUGGUGGAGCUGACACUUUGCUGGGAGCAAUUAUUAUUCAUGAAGUGUAUGAAGAAGGUGCAGCAUCAAAAGAUGGAAGACUCUGGGCUGGUGAUCAGAUCUUGGAGGUAAAUGGAAUUGACCUAAGGAAUGCAACGCACGAUGAAGCCAUAAAUGUUCUCAGACAGACACCUCAAAAAGUCCGACUAACCGUUUAUAGGGACGAAGCUCAGUAUAAGGAAGAAGAUAUGUAUGAUGUGCUUAGCAUAGAGCUACAAAAGAAGCCAGGCAAAGGUCUUGGUUUAAGUAUUGUCGGAAAAAGAAAUGAUACUGGGGUGUUUGUGUCAGACAUCGUCAAGGGAGGAAUAGCAGACUUGGAUGGAAGGUUGAUGCAAGGAGACCAGAUAUUGAUGGUGAACGGAGAAGAUGUUAGAAAUGCGAAUCAGGAAGCAGUUGCUGCUUUGUUAAAGUGCUCAUUAGGUACAGUCAGACUAGAAGUUGGAAGAAUAAAGGCAGGCCCAUUCCAUUCGGAGAGGAGAACGUCUCAGAGCAGCCAGGUCAGUGAGGGAAGUGGCAGCCUGUCCUCCUUCAGUUUCCCAGGUUCUGGAUCCAACCCAGGUGAAAGUUAUGAAAGCACGUUGAAGAAGAAUUCAUUGGCAUCUGAAAUACAGGGAUUAAGAACGGUUGAAAUAAAAAAGGGCCCUUCAGAUUCCUUGGGAAUUAGCAUUGCUGGAGGAGUAGGAAGCCCUCUUGGCGAUGUUCCUAUCUUCAUAGCAAUGAUGCACCCAAAUGGAGUUGCAGCUCAGACACAGAAACUGAGGGUCGGGGACAGGAUUGUUAGCAUUUCUGGAACAUCCACAGAAGGCAUGACACAUUCCCAGGCUGUCAGCUUGCUAAAAAAUGCUUUGGGCACUAUUGAAAUACAGGUGGUAGCUGGUGGAGAUGUCAGUGUCAUAACUGGCCAGCAGCAAGAUCCACCACCUUCUAGUCUUUCAUUUGCUGGACUAACAUCAAGCAAUAUCUUCCAGGAUGAUUUGGGACCUCCACAGUAUAAAACCAUCACUCUGGACCGAGGACCUGAUGGGCUGGGUUUUAGUAUUGUGGGAGGUUACGGAAGCCCUCAUGGUGAUCUGCCCAUUUAUGUUAAGACAGUAUUUGCAAAGGGUGCAGCAGCAGAAGAUGGACGUCUGAAGAGAGGGGAUCAGAUCAUAGCUGUCAACGGGCAGAGUCUGGAAGGGGUCACUCAUGAAGAAGCUGUGGCUAUUCUAAAAAGGACAAAAGGAACUGUCACACUCACUGUUCUCUCCUGAUCUCUCUCUACAAAGAUUUAGGGUCGGCACAAUUACUCUAUCCACAUUCCAUGUAGCAAAGGGAAUGGAAAUGUUUUAUGUAGUGUCUCUUGCUAUUUGCAGCUGGCGGGCUGUUUGACAUCACGAAUGAAGAAGAACAAAUGAUCUUAUUUUUAUACACAGUAGAAAUAUUGUCUUACCAUCAAACUAUACUGACUGACUUCUCUAGUGUAGAACAAUGAUGGGAAUUUGAGCAGCAAUAAUAAAAUUACUGUAGGAACGGAACUGAAUAAAAAGAGGGAAAGCAUUCAAAGGAAUUUUUAGUAAUAUGGAAGCAUAGGAAGCAUAUUUCUGUUUUAAAACUCUCUGUUUAAAAUAAUCAGCUCUGCCAGUCUUUCCAUUUGGAUAAUUUGUAAGUAUCAAUUAACCACAGUGUUGACUUCCAAAAACAGACAAAUCUCUCAAACAUUUUUUUUUAAGUCUGAUUAAAUUUUGCUCCUGCUAGGAGUCAUGCACCAAACACUGAAACUGAAUUGACAAGCUACUUUCUGUGGCUGUUAUUACUUGAUAAAAUGUUUAAAGUGCUAAAGAGCCACUUAAACUGGAGGAGAGCUUCAAAUUUGGCUCAGUGGUGUGGGAGGAUAACAGUAGGAUCCACCCCCACCCCCACCUGUCUUCUGUGUCCUCAACUGACUUGACCAGUUGCUAAGGAAAAUAUUGGGCUGGAUCCAACAAUCCUUCGCAGAGCUCCAUUUGGGGAAUGCAAUUCCCCCUGAAGUCUCUCUUGCCCCUCCAAAUGCUGCCCUUGGAUGCAGGGAACUACCAGGAACCACAAUGGGUACAAUGUGGGGAUCUGCAGAAGGGGAAUCAGCAAGAAUUUCCCUCCCCCUGCCCUGAUUCAUGUGCUGGCAGAAAUAGCUGUAGGAUCUGACUCUGCAAGGUUUUUUUUUCUUUUUCAAAAUGCAUGGCUGUAGAGAAAGAAGACGGUAAUGUGAUUGCAUUUAAUUCCAGAAUGCUAAUAUAAAGGCAAUGGUACCAAAGCACCUGUUCACGCUAUUAUUUGACAACCCUGAGAAAGCAAGCAUACAGUCUAUUUCUCUUCAAACAGAGAACUGAAGGUUUUUCAGGACCUUUGAUACGUGUCUUUUCCAAUUCUAAAUCCUGUUGUCUACGAUCCUUUAGCUGGAAAUAGCAGGUAUUGAAACUGAGGCCAUCUUCAGGCAGGAUGUAUGUGUGCAAAAGUCUACUGUAGUUACAGCAUGCCUGCACAAAAACCCUUGUGUUUUUUCGAGACAAAUGUCAAAGACAACCAAAUUGCCACAACUAACUAAGGGGAGCAGGAAAACCACUAGGGCACAGCCAGGCUGAGGUUUCAGAGAUUCAGAUGGCUAUCUGUCUGUGCCUGCUGGGUUUUUGUUUUGUUUUUAAUCUGUGGUAUAUAUGAAUAUACUGUAAUUAGCUGGUGAGGCAGCACCUUAGUCUAAGUUCUGUUCCCAAUCACUGGUCCACUUGGAAAUGUAUUUAUAAGCUUUCUUGGAAUUACUCUGGACAAAUACUAGAAAGCCUCUUGUUGCAGUCAUUGCCCCAAUUGGGGUUGUUUUUCAUUUUGUAGUUUAGUGUCAUGUAUGUCCAGUUAUGAGUAAACCAACCCAGUGAAUAAGACGUGUCCAUCCAAUGAGUAUAACUAGGAUCUUGAAGGCAAUGAAGGAACAAAGCAGUCUUAUACCUAUUAUAGUCUAACACACAAAGCAGUCUUAUACCUGGUUAGUCCAUUUGUCUACUCUCUGUGGUACUGGCUGACUUCUCCACAUGUAUCAUUCAGGUAAUGGCAAGAACACUCCAUUACAAGCCUUACUGAAGACAAAUAAAGCUGCUUCAGAGUGAGGGCAAUGCCAAGCCAAGAAGUACUGCUCUCACUUAGAACUAGCUUUGUUUAGCCUCCAUGACACAGAAAUUUGAGUGCUUUGUGGUUCCGUCAUUAUUACUAGGAAGCACUGUUGUUGUUUUUAAAAAUGAGCCCAACCCACAAAAGAAAAGGUUUGGGGAUCUUGCAGAACCUGUCCCCUAGCCUCUUUUUCCUUGGUAAAAAUAUUUCCUAAAGAACAUUUGGUUAAGAAUUCCAUAAGCAAAAGGAACUUUUCCAAGAUGAAGUAUGAAAUCUAACCAAUAUGUUAGUUUUUGCAAAUUCU